GAGUUCAAGAUUUUAGCUUUCCAAAAUCCAGAAUUCAAGAUUUUGGCCAAUUUCAAGGUUUUAGCUUCCCAAAAUCCUGAAUUUCAGAUUUUCGGUCAUUUAAAGAUUUAAGCUUUCAAAAAUGGUAAAUUCAAGAUUUUGGACCAUGUCAAGAUUUUAGUUUUCCAAAAUCCUGAAUUCAAGAUUUUAGCUUUCCAAAAUGCUGAAUUUCAGAUUUUUGGUCAUUUAAAGAUUUAAGCUUUCAAAAAUGGUAAAUUCAAUAUUUUGGACCAUUUCAAGAUUUUAGCUUUCCAAAAUGGUGAAUUCAGGAUUUUGGCCGAUUUGAAGAUUUUGGCUUUCCAAAAUCCUCAAUUGAAGAUUUUUGGGGAGUUCAACAUUUUAGUUUUCCAAAAUCCUGAAUUCAAGAUUUUUGCCCAUUUCAAGAUUUUAGCUUUCCAAAAUGCUGAAUUCAAGAUUUUGGCCGAUUUGAAGAUUUUGGCUUUCCAAAAUCCUCAAUUGAAGAUUUUUGGGGAGUUCAAGAUUUUAGUUUUCCACGAUCCUGAAUUCAAGAUUUUGGCCGAUCUCAAGAUCUCAGCUUUUCAAAAACCUGACUUUAAAAUUUUGGGCGAGUUCAAGAUUUUAGCUUUCCAAUAACCUGAAUUAAACAUUUUGGUCAAUUUUAAGAUUUUGGCCGAUUUCAAGAUUUUAGCUUUCCAAAAUGCUGAAUUCAAGAUUUUGGCCGCUUUGAAGAUUUUGGCUUUCCAAAAUCCUCAAUUGAAGACUUUUGGGGAGUUCAAGAUUUUAGUUUUCCAAAAUCCUGAAUUCAAGAUUUUGGCCGAUUUCAAGUUUUUAGCUUACAAAAAUCCUGAAUUCGAGAUUUUGGCCGAGUCAAAGAUUUUAGCUUUCCAAAAUCCUGAAUUCAAGAUUUUGGCCGAUUUUAAGAUUUUAUCUAUCCAAAAUCAAGGAUUCAAGAUUUUGGCCCAUUUCAGGAUUUUAGCUUUAUAAAAUCCUCAAUUCCAGAUUUUGGCCCAUUUCAAGAUUUUAGCUUUCCAGAAUCCUGAAUUCAAGAUUUUGGCCAAUUUCAAGAGUUUAGCUUUCGAAAAUCCUGAAUUCAACAUUAUGGCCGAUUUCAAGAUUUUAGCUUUCCAUAACCGUAAAUUCAAGAUUUUGGCCGAUUUCAAGAUUUUAUCUUUCCAAAAUCAUGAAUUCAAGAUUUUGGGCGAGUUCAUAAUUUUAGCUUCCCAAAAUCCUGAAUUCAAGAUUUUGGCCAAUUUCAAGAGUUUAGCUUUCGAAAAUCCUGAAUUCAAGAUUUUGGCCGAGUUCAAAAUUUUAGCUUCCCAAAAUCCUAAAUUUCAGAUUUUCGCUCAUUUCAAGAUUUUAGCUUUCCAAAAUCCCGAAUUCAAGAUUUUUGCCCAUUUCAAGAUUGUAGCUUUCGAAAAUGCUGAAUUCAAGAUUUUGCUCGAUUUCUAG